GCAGGCAAAGGGAGGGAGAGAGAGGAGAGGGAGGGGAGAGAAAUAGAGAGAGAGAGGAGGAAGGUGCAGAGUGAGAGAACAAAAAAGCCCUAAUUCUUCGACACAUUUCUGGUUCUGGAUUUGCUAAUAGUAUCUCUGUUCACUGAUUUUGAUUUUUGAGCUGAUUGAUAGUUAAUCGAAUGAGUCGUUUAGGGUUUAAAUCUGUGGUCUACCAUGGAGACUCUUGUUUGGGAGAGUUAGAGACUAUCCCAGUCAAGGACCAGAGUUUCCAAUUCCCCAAUAACGAGAUUCGAAUCCACCAUAUAUCACCCCUCAGCGAACGAUGCCCUCCUCUUUCAAUCCUCCAAACAAUCUCUUCAUUUUCAGUUCGAUGCAAGCUCGAAUCGACCUCGCUGGUCGAACAGUCUCACUUGAUCAAUCUUCACGCCUCUUGCUUCUACGAACUCAAGACGGCUGUGGUGUUGCUUGGAGAGGAAGAGGUUCACUUGGUGGCAAUGCCGAGUAAACAGAAGAAGUUUCCGUGUUUUUGGUGCUACAGUGUUCCAUCUGGUUUAUAUAAUUCUUGUAUAGGAAUGUUAAAUUUACGAUGUCUUGCCAUUGUGUUUGAUCUUGAUGAGACUUUGAUUGUUGCAAACACUAUGAAGUCGUUUGAGGAUAGAAUUGAGGCUUUACGGGUUUGGAUUGCAAGAGAAACGGACCAAAUCCGUGUAUUGGGGAUGUCCUCUGAGCUGAAGCGGUACGUCGAUGAUCGUGCUUUGUUGAAGCAGUACACAGAGAAUGAUUGUCUUGUGGAUAAUGGGAAGGUUUAUAAUGCUCAGUUGGAGGAGGUAGCUCCUUUAUCAGAAAGCUAUGAGCGAGUUGUUCGGCCUGUUAUACGAUUGCCGGAAAGGAAUGUAGUUCUCACUCGCAUUAAUCCUGAGAUCCGUGAUACUAGUGUGCUUGUUAGGUUACGACCUGCUUGGGACGAUUUGAGAAGUUAUUUAACUGCAAAAGGGCGUAAAAGAUUUGAAGUUUAUGUUUGUACCAUGGCUGAAAGAGAUUAUGCAUUAGAGAUGUGGAGGCUGCUAGACCCAGAGGCGCACCUUAUAGGUUCAAAGCAAUUAUUGGACCGUGUUGUAUGCGUCAAAUCAGGUACCAGGAAGUCUUUGCUUCAUGUCUUCCAAAAUGGCAAUUGCCAUUCAAAGAUGGCUAUGGUGAUUGAUGACCGCUUGAAGGUUUGGGAAGAUAUGGAUCAAUCCCGAGUUCAUGUAGUACCUGCAUUUACUCCUUAUUAUGCCCCUCAGGCAGAGACGGCAAAUGCUGUUCCGGUCCUAUGUGUGGCAAGAAACGUUGCAUGCAAUGUUAGAGGUGGUUUUUUCAAAGAGUUUGAUGAGCAUUUAUUACGAAGAAUUUCUGAACUCUUCUAUGAAGAUGACGUGGUAAAUUUACCAACUGCACCUGAUGUGAGCAACUACUUGAUGUCAGAGGAUGCUAGCUUUGUACCAAAUGGAAAUACAAAUGCUCCCAUUGCUGAGGGAAUGAAUGGUCCUGAAGUUGCACAGAGAUUGCACCAAUUGGAUGAAAAGUAUAUAGCAGAUUCUGCUAGUCAUAUAAUGACUAGUAAUCCUCAGCUGAGGCCUGAAAUCUCUCAGCUGCCCAUGCCAGCUGUUCAAAAUGUUUUUGCUCCAGCAUUUUCAAGAACAGUCAUACCUUCAGAGAAACCUAGUUUGCUUGGAGCUCCUUUUAGACGAGAUAGCAACUUUUCUGAAUCUGAUCCUGAUGUUAAGCGAAGAUUCCUCAUUAUGAAUCAUGGUCAAGAUUUACGAUAUCAAGGCUCGGGGGAACCUCCUCUUUUAUCUAGAUUACCAACGCAGCUAACGAUACCCACAAUACAACCACAAGGAGGCUGGCUAGUGGAAGAAGAUAUGGAUAGAGGACAUUCAAAUAACCGGGCUUCUGGAACUCUUCAAGAAUCUGAUCUGCUUAAAGCUGAAAAACAGCGAGCUCGUCAGGAUUCACUUAAUCAUAGUACAUCAGGUUCUGCUACUGCAGGACUAAUAUCACAUAUACCCCAAGUGAGGGGUGAAGAGGCAUAUCCAGGAUAUGAAAUGCUGAGGCAAAAUCUUCCAGCAGCAAGGUCAUCAGAGAUUGGUGUCUCUCAUAGUCAAACAUCAUCCAAUAGCAGAGAACUGCAGAUAGAAGGUGGGAAAGUGAACUUCCUGCCAUCUUCUUUAUCAAUUGGAGUACUCCAAGAAAUUGGCCGGAGAUGCAGCUCAAAGGUUGAGUUCAAGUCUGUUGUAAGCACCAGUAAGGAUUUGCAGUUCUCUGUUGAGGUCUUGUUUACUGGUGAGAAAAUUGGCGUUGGAAUGGGCAAGACAAGGAAAGAUGCUCAGCAACAGGCUGCUGAGAAUGCCCUCCGCAGCUUGGCUGAUAAAUAUGUAUCAUAUAUUGCACCUCGUUCUGGAGCUGACAAAGAUUUUGAUAAGCCUUCUCUUGGAAAUGAAAAUGGAUUUUUAUGGGAUAUAAUUGGUCCUGGAUCAGAUGACAUGCUCGUGGAAGAUGGGUUGCCCAAAGAAAGCACUUCUGAGGUUACCGAUGCAGCACUUAGCACUACUUCCUCCUGUGUGGUAAAUCAGCAAGUGGAAAAAUGUGGUGAUUCUUCCAGCCAAAGAACUGGCAUGCUGUCUCAUGCAGGCAGUGAGAUUGGGGGAAAGGUGAAGAUUUAACCUUUUGAGACCGAGAGCUCUAAAAAGUCCAGUUGCCAUAUGAAUUGAAAUUCUCUCUCUCCUCGUCGAGGUUAGGUGUACCUGCUGAGGUGAAAAAGAUAUUUCAUAAUUCAGUUUCUCUUUUGAUAACAUGGGCUAUUUUUUCUUGCCCUUCAAAUUUUGUUGUACAUACAUCUUCCAUUGUCUCAUUUUUCAUUUAUUAGCAAUUUCUGUAGUGGCCGUAAAGUUCAUAUUCUUACCCUUAUAAAGUUGAAAUUUAGUUACUGUAAUUGGCUAGUUAUACCAUCUUUAGUUGGAUAACUUUGGUAUCCGGUGAUGUUAUGAUGAUAUACUAGGCUCUAGUAACGGUUAGUGUUUUGUUUAUGGUGGUAUUACGAUUUCUGUUUGGUUUA